AUGGAUGAUAUAAUUUUUCAUAGUAAGAGUCCGAGUAAACAUGACGACAUAAUAAAAAAAAAUUUAAGAAAAUUAACGAAAAACAACACAAAAUAUGAUUUCAAUAAGAUACAGUUUUGUGAAAAAUGUUAUGUAUUUUAUAACUUUCAAACCCCAUUUAUUUGGGUAUAG